AUGCCGCCCACUGGGUUAGAGCCCAGCAGGAUUAACAGGAAGAAAGGCGACAAGGGAUUCGAGAGCCCUAGACCCUAUAAACUGACCCAUCAAGUGGUUUGCAUCAACAGCAUAAACUUCCAGAGAAAGUCUGUGGUGGGAUUUGUAGAACUUACAAUAUUUCCUACAGUUGCACACUUGAAUAGAAUUAAGUUAAACAGCAAACAAUGCAGAAUAUACAGAGUAAGGGUCAAUGAUUUAGAGGCAGCUUUUAUUUAUAAUGACCCAACGCUGGAAGUUUGUCACCAUGAAUCAAAGCAAAGAAAUCUCAACUAUUUUUCCAAUGCUUAUGCUGCUGCAGUUACUGCUGUUGACCCAGAUGCCGGAAACGGAGAACUUUGCAUUAAAGUUCCGUCAGAGCUUUGGAAACAUGUUAAUGAGUUAAAGGUUUUGAAAGUGCACAUUAAGUUUUCUUUAGAUCAACCAAAAGGAGGCCUUCAUUUUGUGGUACCGAAUGGAGAAGCAAGCAUGGCAGAGAGAGGUGCCCAUGUUUUCUCGUGUGGAUAUCAAAAUUCUACAAGAUUUUGGUUUCCUUGUGUUGAUUCAUACUCUGAACUCUGCACAUGGAAAUUAGAAUAUACAGUGGAUGCUGCAAUGGUUGCAGUUUCUAAUGGAGAUUUAGUAGAAACUAUUUAUACUCAUGAUAUGCAGAAGAAGACCUUCCAUUACAUGCUUACUAUUCCAACAGCAGCAUCAAAUAUUUCUCUGGCCGUUGGACCUUUUGAAAUCCUUGUGGAUCCUUAUAUGCAUGAGGUGACUCAUUUUUGCUUACCUCAGCUUCUUCCACUACUUAAACACACCACAUCUUUUCUUCAUGAAGUCUUUGAAUUUUAUGAAGAGAUUCUUACUUGUCCUUAUCCAUAUUCCUGUUUCAAGACUGUGUUCAUAGAUGAAGCCUAUGUUGAAGUAGCUGCUUAUGCUUCUAUGAGUAUUUUUAGCACAAACCUUUUGCAUAGUGCUAAGAUUAUAGACGAGACACCUCUAACGAGAAGGUGUUUAGCACAGUCAUUGGCUCAGCAAUUUUUUGGAUGUUUUAUAUCUAGAAUGUCCUGGUCCGAUGAGUGGGUACUGAGAGGAAUUUCAGGUUAUAUCUAUGGACUUUGGAUGAAAAAAACCUUUGGUGUUAAUGAGUACCACCACUGGAUCAAAGAGGAGUUGGACCAAAUAGUGGCAUAUGAACUGAAAACUGGUGGAGUUUUAUUACAUCCGACAUUUGGUAGAGGAAAAGAGAAGGAUGAUCCAGCUUCACAUCAACAUUUUUCAAUAAAGCACCCACAUACUCUUUCCUGGGAGUAUUAUACUAUGUUCCAGUGUAAAGCUCACCUUGUAAUGCGGUUGAUUGAAAAUAGAAUAAGUAUGGAGUUCAUGCUACAGGUUUUUAACAAACUCCUGAGUUUAGCCAGUACAGCUUCAUCUCAAAAGUUCCAAUCACACAUGUGGAGUCAAAUGUUGGUUUCCACAUCUGGAUUUUUAAAAUGCAUCUCCAACGUCUCUGGCAAAGACAUCCAGCAUUUAAUAAAACGCUGGGUAGACCAGAGUGGGGUGGUCAAGUUUUAUGGAAGUUUUGCAUUCAACAGAAAACGAAAUGUUCUUGAAUUAGAUAUAAAACAAGAUUAUACCUCUCUUGGAACCCAGAAAUAUGUGGGCCCUCUUAAAGUGACAGUACAAGAGUUAGAUGGAUCAUUUAAUCAUACAUUGCAAAUUGAAGAAAACAGUCUUAAACAUGAUAUACCCUGCCAUUCUAAAAGUAGAAGGAAUAAAAAGAAAAAAAUUCCAUUGAUGAAUGGUGAAGAAGUUGACAUGGAUCUUUCUGCUAUGGAUGCAGAUUCUCCUUUGCUGUGGAUAAGGAUAGACCCAGAUAUGUCAGUAUUGAGGAAAGUAGAGUUUGAGCAGUCUGAUUUCAUGUGGCAAUAUCAGCUUCGCUAUGAAAGAGAUGUAGUUGCACAGGAAGAAUCCAUUUUAGCUUUGGAAAAAUUUCCCACUCCAGCAUCAAGACUUUCACUGACAGAUAUACUAGAGCAAGAACAAUGUUUCUACCGAGUAAGAAUGCUGGCUUGCUUUUGCCUUGCAAAGAUUGCAAAUUCCAUGGUGAGUACAUGGACAGGACCUCCUGCCAUGAAGUCACUCUUUACAAGGAUGUUUUGUUGCAAGACUUGUCCAAACAUUGUGAAAACAAACAACUUCAUGAGUUUCCAAAGCUACUUUUUACAAAAAACCAUGCCAGUUGCUAUGGCUCUAUUGAGAGAUGUUCAUAAUCUAUGUCCCAAAGAAGUCUCAACAUUUAUCUUAGAUCUAAUCAAAUAUAAUGAUAACAGGAAAAAUAAGUUUUCAGAUAAUUAUUAUCGGGCAGAAAUGAUAGAUGCACUUGCCAACUCAGUAACGCCUGCAGUCAGUGUAAAUAAUGAAGUGCGAACCUUAGAUAACUUAAAUCCAGAUGUUCGACUGAUUCUUGAAGAAAUCACUAGGUUCCUCAAUAUGGAAAAACUGCUGCCCAGUUACAGACACACCGUAACAGUCAGCUGCCUGAGAGCCAUUCGGGUGCUCCAGAAGAAUGGGCAUGUGCCAAGUGAUCCUUCUCUCUUCAAGUCUUAUGCGGAAUACGGUCACUUUGUAGACAUUCGGAUAGCAGCUUUGGAAGCAGUUGUGGAUCACACCAGAGUGGAUGGGAGUUAUGAAGAGUUACAAUGGUUGCUUAACAUGAUUCAGAAUGAUCCUGUACCCUAUGUAAGGCACAAGAUUUUAAACAUGCUGACUAGGAAUCCACCAUUCACCAAGAACAUGGAUUCUCCCUUAUGCAAGGAGGCACUGGUAGACCAACUUUGGAAACUUAUGAAUUCAGGGACUUCACAUGAUUGGAGACUAAGAUGUGGUGCUGUAGAUCUGUACUUCACACUCUUUGGCCUCAGCAGGCCUUCUUGUUUGCCACUACCAGAGCUUGGAUUGAUUCUUAAUUUGAAAGAGAAGAAGGCCAUGCUGAAUCCUACCAUUAUCUCCAAGGCAGUAGUAGCAGACAGCCAAGAGUCUGUGAGCAAUCUAAACAGUCAUGCACAGUUAACUGGAUUUCAGAAUGCUGAAAAUCACCUAGCCAAGGAAUCAUCAGCUAAUUUAUCAGCUCAUCAGCAGGGAGUGAAGAGGAAAUCUGACACACCACUGGGGUCCCCACUAGAACCUUGUCAAAUAUUGGAGAAUGAUGAUAACAGUAAAGUGAAACUCAAAGUCAGAUUCUCAAAUUCUCAAGAGGAGGAGGAAGGUGACAUGGACACCAUUAAUGAUAGUCAAUUUUUUAUUUACCAUCACUUGAAGAUGAUAGAAAGGCCAUCAACUCCAGGUCUUUCAAAAUUGAGGCCAGUUAGCUCCCGAUCUGCUUUGAUGCCUCAACAUUCACCAGGCUGUGAUGUCACAGCUUCUGCAAAACCUCAUUGGGGUAUGGAUAUGUCUUACAAAGGACUAGGUAAAGGACAGUCUUUGGAGAGGAGUGUGUUGUUGGUACCAACCACACCACUCUCAGUGUUCACAAAGGAGCCAAGCUCAUCCAAACACAGCUACCACCACCACCACGAGCACAAGAAAAAGAAGAAAAAGUACAAACAUAAACAUAAACAUGACAGCAAAGUGAAAGUGAAAAAGACCAGAUAA